CCCAGAACAAUAAAUAGUUGUUCAGAACACACAUUUCAACUUACAAUAUGCUUGAUGCUAACAGAAAUUUGGCUCUUUUUCAAAAUUAUUCUAAAGUAUUUGGAUGUUGAAUCGCUUAUGUAUAAGUUUGGACGUAGGCGGAGUAGACCAUGGCGAGGAGAGCUGGAGCACAGCAGCUGCAAACUGAAAUCAGUACUGACGAAGAUCUUGAGAAGUUCCUAACCCGCCCGGGACUGCUCAUUUUGGAAGUCUACUCGGAGUGGUGUGGACCAUGUCUGGGAAUGGUUGGCACGUUGCGCCGAGUUAAAAUGGAAUUGGGAGGCGAUUUCUUGAGCCUGGCAAUUUGUAAAGCAGAUACCGUGACAGCUCUGAGGCGCUUUUACAAAAAGAGUGAGCCGACCUGGCUGUUCGCAAUGAAUGGCAGAGCUGUUAAUUUGUUCUACGGGUCCGAUGCUCCAAAACUGGUCUCCCUCAUAAUCAAAGAGUUAGAGAAGGCGCAGGCAAACGUCCCGCGACCAACUUACUCCAUUGACGCCUUGCAGCCGAUCGAAGCGGAAGCACUUAAAAUCAAGAAUGAUGCAAUUGCCAAGGCUGAUCGGAUUGAGCGGGAGAAGCAACAUAAGAAGCGAUUGGAUUACCUUACCCAUUGUACGGAUCUCAUAAUGGAGAAUUUGCCAGAUAUUGGUGUGACAAUCUUUGGGCCACAAGUCUCUCGCGAUAUGUUUAAGAAACUCGCCGAGCCAGCCGAUCACCUUAAGAUGCAGUGCAAGGAUCGAAAGUAUCUUGAAGUGACCGCAGCGGACUUUGAAAUCAUCAACUUCGCUUGCAAGAAUCCGUUAUCGACCGACAUCUUAGAACAAUUGUAUGGCAAGGAAAUGCUUAUAUGCUUCUGGAAAAUAGACGAGUCCGCUGGACCCAUACCCCAUGUGCUGGCGACCUAUGCCCAUGAGCUAACUAAGGAACGCGUGGCACCGGCCGAUGAUGAUCACCCUGCGCCUUAUCCAAUUCCACCUAUCAUCUCCCCCCUGAAGGUCAAGUUCGAGGUGGAAGUGGAAGACGGCGAAGUGUGGGUUGAGGAGAUCAGCUCCUCAGAGGAGGCCAGGCAAAAAGCAGCCGAGAAGAAGGCGGCUGAAAAAGCAAAGGCCGCUGCCCAACAGGACGAAGGCCGAAAGGAAGAAGUAGAGGACGAUGGCGAGGAGGAGGGUAGCGAGGAAGAGGAGGUUGUGCAAGCUGCUCAACCAGCAUUCCCGGGCAUGCAACUCGACAUGGAUUUGGGACUGGACGAUAACGUUGUCACCGAAGAGGAGGUCGAGGAAGAAGAAGAAGAGCCCCCGAAGGCUCUAACGCGCACAAAACGAGUCAAAAUACCGCCCAUAUGGGUGGCUAACAAUCGUCGCACCCAUGCAGCUUUGAUCUAUGUGUUCUUCCGCAGUCAGACAAACGGAUUUUUGCCUCCGGAUCCACCACCAGAGCCACCACACAUCAUAAUGGCAUUCGAGGCGUCUAAGCGCGAUGAUAUUUUGGAAGUGAUGGAAUCCAUAAAAGAAGAUGUCCCAUUAUACGGCUUCUUCACGAACGACACGCCCGGCGACGCGAAACUAAUAACCAACUCGAUAUUCCGAUACGACGAGAGUAAGGAGCAGACACCAGCCGACCGAUUUGUCCUCAAAGUUAACAAGGUGCAAUCGUAUACGAUGCUCUCGUUAGUUCAGUUUGAGCCGACCUAUUGCAGUAGCAAUGUUGAAAGUGGUCGUUUGGAUGCACUCAAGUUCUUCCCGGAGGACUAUAGGACUGACGAGGAGAUACCACCAGACGUGACGCCGAAGCCGAAGAAGCAAAAGAAGAAGCAAAUGGUCGCAGAACCAGAGACCAAGCCACAUAGAUCGCGUGAUGCAUCUAGGGUGAAAUCCGUAAUAGCUCCAGAAGCUGAGGCUGCGGCAGCCGCAUCAGAGGCUGCAUCCAAGCCACCAGAUGGUGAGGCUGCACCAGCCGAGGCACCCGCGGCCGAAGCGGCGCCAACUGAUGCACCACCAGCCGCUGAAGCGGCGGCACCUGCACCAACAGAGGACGCACCACAACCUGCCGAAGCAGCACCCGCACCUGCACCGGAACCACCCAAGGAAGAAGCCCCUGCUGAGGCACCAGAGCCACCUCCAGCAGAGGCUCCAGCCCCACCUCCAGAAGCCCCAGCCGAGCCAGCACCAGCCGAAUAGUUUGUCUCACAUAAAUUAAUAUAUUUAUAUAUUCAUGUGUUUCGUGGCGGUGUACUAAGCUUAUUGUCAACAACUUGCAAAAUAUUCAUGAAAUAG